AUGUCCACCAAAGCACCCGAUUUUCUAGAUACUGGGGCCGCGUCCCGUUCGCGCAGUCCCAGCGUCAUAUCUAGCGACUCGCAAUUUUCUCGAGUCAACCUCAUUUCCCCGCCGUCCGUAACGCCGGCUCCAGCGUUUAUCUCGCCAUCUGCAGCUUCAGAUAUUAUUUCUGCCGAUCAGGAGUUCAACGCCGCCGAUUUUGUGGCUGAGGAUGAGGAAACCGGGGCCGGUGCCACGGCGCUGGUGACCCCCGCCGCGUUAUCGCUCCUGAACGGAUUUCUCGAUAAUCUCUUGUAUAAUAUCCUUGCUUCCUCAAAAUCGACCCAGCUCGCUUGUAUUCGAACCGCCAUGGCCGAUGUAUUAAAGCCCCGUUUGGCCAAGGAAGUGGUCUCCGCGGCUGAAGAAGAGCUGAGCGAAUUUAUGGGCGGAGCGGACGAUGAACAGACGGAAUUCCGCGGUGGUCAGGAGCCAGGCGGCGAUUUUGAUCUAAUACAUUCAUGGAAAUUAACCCGUCUACGAUGCAUGGUCUACACACGACUGGGUGACAUGGAAGAGGACGACGAAGAUGAGUUUAUCGCGCAAGAUAGCCUCGGCGAGACCGAUGGAGCACCCCGCAGAUUUACCAGUCAUGUCGACAACAUUACGCCGGCAGCUUCUAUUUUCCUUACCUCGAUCAUCGAAUAUAUUGGCGAGCGCGCACUUGUCAUUGCUGGCGAGACAUCGCGGUCCCGUUUGUCAGCACAGCUCAAUGGCGGUGAUAACUUGAGUGGAUCCGGAGAGCGGAAAAGAAUCGACCGACUUGUGGUGGAAGAUCUCGAUAUGGAGAAAUUGGCCCUGAAUGCAACCUUGGGUCGCCUGUGGCGCACGUGGAGGCAGCGCAAGCGCAGAACCACUCUUUCUCGAACUCUAUCCCGUGAAUCAUUCCGCCCUCGGGGAUACUCCAUGGCAAACAGCCGGAAGAGCAGCAUUGUGACCAUUGAGGAACCAGUCAGUCCCAAUGAGCCUCUCCCCGUGGCGAUACCAUCUUUCGACCCCGCCACCGUUCCCUUGCCAAUGAGCGAUUACGAUGUUCAAGAGAUCGAGGUCCCAGGCUACAUUGGCGAUCUAGAUGGGGUGCAUGGGGAGGUGCAGACCAUGGAGGCCGUUGUUGCUCACAAGGUGCGACCACGCAGUCUGAUGGUGUUUUCAUCGCCCUCGCUUGUGCCAAAAUCUCCAGGUUCAGCAAACAGCUCGCCCGUGAGUGCGUCAGCUAUUGAACCUGGGAAAUCAAUCCGUCAUGUUCGCACAAAGUCUCUGCCUAAUGGGGCACCUCCGCCCGACUUCGCCGAGGAGGAGGCAGAGCUACCAGCAGACCACCCAUCACCCACUGCUUCAGAGAAACAGCAACUGGAGACUAUGUACGAGGAUGAUGAAUCCGCAGAAUAUGUGGAUGCAGCCGAAACUUCCCCUGGCAUUGCUAUCACGACAGAGCACGAAGAGACCGCGUCCUUCGAAUCUGCAGCAGAAACAUCCGAAAAAGCGAGAAUGUCAGUCUUGCAUGAAGAAGAAGAGGAGACACCUGCGGUCAGUGACAUGGUUGCAUCCUUGCGCGCUAUCGCCCAAGAUGAAGAUGCUAUGACCGAUCAGUCCAAUAGUGCUCGCAUCUCCAUUGUAUCCCUGGGCGAUCGGCCGAAUCAGAAAGACCCAGAAGUUAUUGAGGGCACUGGGUUAUGCGAAAAACCUAAAUUGACUGUGAUACACCGACCAAAAAGACAAACCUCUAGGGAUGUCAGUCUCCUGAACGCAACGUCGAUCUCUGGACAGACUAGCGACCCUGAAAUGCAAGCCGUUGCGGAGAGUAAGCCUCCAACGCAAGGAGUUGAGACCACGCCGGCUCCACCCGCACCCCCCAUCGAGGCUGUCACAUCUUGUAUCGAUCAUGAUGCGACCGAUGAAGAUCAGAAUAAGCCAAUCAUGACAGCCACGCCUCCGACUCGGUCAUCGGAGGAUUACCCCGAAGCGGCAAAUUCUUCACAGUCCCUCUCACCCGAUAUGACUCGCCCGAUUUCUGUUUCAGGUAAUUCGCAACAAUCGAAAACUCGCCCCAGACCUGCUCCAUUGGAGGUCACCGCCAGCAACCGAAGCCUCUCUGCCUCCGCGGUUGAACGAGCGGCUGUUCAGCGCAUGUCUCGGCCAUCGAUUUCAAUGCCUUCAUCUGUCAUCACAUCCCGUCGGUCUGGGAGCUUCGGCAGUGGUCGCGAGAAUACACGUCCAAUGACUUCUGGCUCUACCACAUCGCAGGUGUCUAACAAGCUGAAGGGUAUAAUGGGUCGACAGGGUGAAUCUCCUUCGCUGCGCAUGCGCAGCUCAUCUGAAACUAGUCGCGCGUCCGGCGGCAGUGGAGACUCUGUAGACGAUAUUGCCGAUUUGGACAAGUUGAUCAACAGCGAUGAGACUAUUCAUUACACCCUUACUCCCCGAAGUGUGAGGGAGAUGACCUUCCCUGACACGUCCAACCGUGCAGUUCCUCGAUCAGAGACGGCAGGCGGCGUCUCCGACCUGGCUGAGUUCUUGAAUACCACUGCACCACCAGGUGAAGAUAAACACCGCCCUCGUGCCUCGGUUUCCUCAAGAGCAACUGGAGAGUUGACUCCAAUCUCUCACACCAGAUCCAUUGAGUCACCCAAGCACAUCCCGCUUACCACACGAUUGACCAACAUGUCAUCAACGUCGAGGUCUAGCAAGAUUGGACAGGCGCGAGAUGCGCGAAUCGCUCCCUCAGAUUCGACACGCGACUUUGCGGAAUUCAUGAGAUCGACUGGCCCUGUUAGUGGGCCAUACGAGUCUAAGAGCUCUAUCUCUGCCGAGAGCACACGGCCUGUCCGUGCUCCAUCAAGUGUCUCCACUAACUCCCGUGGAAACCGACCUAAGCUUCAAGCUCGGUCUGCGGAGACGAGAGGAUCUCAGACCUCGGACCUCAUCGACUUCAUUCGCGAGGGACCUCCUAUGCCAGGAGGUGCUUCCCGUAUUCCUCGGACAGUUGCACCUUUCCGCAACACCACCGAUUCGGAUGAUCUUCUGAUGGGAAACACAGCAUCCAGCUCCUUCGCCAGCACUAGCAAUGGAUCCACACCUAAUAAAUCCUUGGCAUCUCUUGGUUCGCGGACCGCGUUGCUGGAUUCAAACCGAAGCAAGCCUACAGCAUCGGGAAGCGCCCCGGACUUCGAUGAGCCCAAGCCUGUUCGGAAGCAACGUCGUGCUCCAGAUCCCUACGCCAUUGACGACGAUGACGAUGACGCGCUUCUAGAAGAGCUUCUGGAAAGGGAAGCAAACCCGAAACCCAGGCGCGAGGAGGAGAGCCUGAUGGAUUUCCUGCGCGAUGCCCCUCCCCCUCCUCCCUCCGAACAAUCCCCACAACCCUUUGCAAUGAGUACCCCUGCGUCAAAUGGAGCAUCGGGAAUGAAGGCCCGCUUGCUCCGCACCUCACAAACAUCUUUGCGCACACAAAUUGCACCCACAAAGGUCCAGUCUAAUUACUCUGCCAAGGUUGGCCAGGAGCGCAACAAUGGCACCAUGCCUUCUAUCUCAAAUCGCAAAACCGACACUGGUGAUUUGGCAGAUUUCCUACGAAACACUGGGCCUCCUCCAAGCCCUAUGCGGGCUUCAUCAACACCGAUGGGCUCUAAGACGAAGGACAGUGGCCUCUCCCGUUUCUUCACGCGCCGAAAGAAGGUCGAGGUCUAA